AUGAUGAUUUUAAAUAUCAAUAAUAAUUAGACGAAAAAUUAUUUAAAAAAAUCAUUCUUAGAAAAAUAAUUGUCAGAAAUUAAUUAAAUUUUAAUAAUUUAUUAAUUGAAAAUAAGACUCUUAUAAGAACUUGAAAAUAGAGAUAACAGGUUCAGAAUUUAAAUUUAAACUAGAUAAGUUAAUUUAGGAAUUAGUUAAGAAAUAAUAAUUAAUUAAUGA